CUUAAUGAUCGUAUUCCUAGUGUUGUAAAUGCAUUUACAUCUUAUAAAGGAGUAGGCAAUUGAAAAGUUGCUGGUAUAUGUCAUAGGCAGUGCCUAGAGUAAACCAUUUGCCUAACAGGCUCCACUGCUCCAUCUUUGUCUUCUUAUUCUUCCAUCUCCCUCUUUUCUUGUCCGUUUCUUUCUGCUCUCUGAAAGCGAGUCUUGUUUGUCCCUUUCGUGUUCGAUUAACGCUCCCGAGUUCUGUUCUGUUUUCUUUGAAAAAAAAAAAAAAACCCUCUCUCCCAGACCAAGACUUUGACAUCGCACGCAAGACCACCAGGUGCCGCAACGGAACCAGAAAGAAGAACUUUAGAUUACCGCUCUAUUGUAAGCCAUUCUCUGCGUUCUCAUGGUGCCCUAGUUGCUGACGAUGCGCAAAAACUAAAGCCAACGAAAAUGUCCUCGACGUCGAAUGUAACAAAUUUCUCACGAUCUACCGCCCACGCGAUUAGCUAUUCAUGCUCCUCCGGGGAGCCGAUAUACUCCGGUUAUACAUCAAAUGAAGACCGCGAAGGCUUCUACCAGGGCUCUCAACGGGCUGGGGGACCAUACUUAUGUUCCCUACCUUGUGAAAGCGAAGCCCUUGGACCGCAAUUCGACGUCAAAAGUUUCAAUAAGAUCAUUACUGAGGUCAGUCGGAUGGUCGAAUACCAAGAGAUACCAUUCGUGAACAUCACAGUCACAGGGCGCCGUUCACGGGUGAGCCCAGGGGCUCAGCCCAUUCCCACGAUCCUCAUAAUCUCAGACGGAAGGAAGAAGUCUCGUAUGUGGAAACGAUUAACGAAGUCCAUCUUUAAAUCCAUCAUUUGGAACUGUACCUUCUCCGUCGAGAUAAUUGAUGCAACCCUCUAAAUCCCUCCAAGGUGCUUCCCAAUCCUACCGCAAGACUCCAUCCACCCGAAGUGGGACAGCAUACACCAGGAGAUAUUGAGCAGAAUCAAUAUAUUUACUUGGACGGGCCUAGAGUGUUGGCGCUACAGGAGGAGUAGUCGGGCAGAGGAUAAUUCCCGGAUACCCAACAGAUUAAGGGAAUCCUUGCGGAAAAUGGCGACGCAGAUGUUUCUAUCCUCU